AUGUAUCGUCACAAGACACGAAAGCAAAACAAGAAUACAAAUGAUGAGCAACGGCUUUUGGAACUUGAAGGGCUGUUUUCUGGUUUUUCUUUCCAGUCGACCGCUCUAGAUCAUUGGCGUUGGAUACCAGACGUUAACGGUAUUUUUUCGGUGAAAUCCAGCUAUGCUAGUUUAUUAUCUUCUAGGCAGGGCGAAACUUUGGAUAACAAGGUGUUAGAUGCUAUACAACGGUUAUGGAGAACAAAUCAUAUUGAGGAUUGUGCACACCUUUUCUUCUCGUGUCAUUUUAGUAAUGGAGUAUGGUACAAAGUUUUAUCUUGGCUUCAAAACUCUCUUCCUUUGGGAGCGGCAGGAAUCGACCAUUUUAUGGCCUUUGGUGAGUUGUUCAAUGUUAAAGAUAAGGGGCGUAUUCGUCAUUUGGUUUGGUUGGCCACCACUUGGAAUUUAUGGAAAGUCCGAAACAACGUUAUUUUCAAUGGUGACAUUUUGGAUGCAUCGGCGCUUUUGGAAGAGAUUAAGCUUACUUCUUGGUUAUGGUUCUCCCGUCGGUUUGGUCGUAAAGCUUGUAUUCCUUUUUCUAGUUGGUGUUUAGAUCCGUUGUCGUGUAUCCAUAACUUUUGA